AUGUCCGGCCGCAUUAUGCCAGUCAAGUCAUCAUGGGAUAUCGUCAUACUCGUGUUUAUCCCCUUUUUCGGACACGCGAUUAGCCCAAUCCCAAGAUAUAUGGGCCUCGUAACGGACGUCCUGGUGUUGAUCAUGCCAAUCGUACCCUCCCUCCACCAUGGCGGAGGCCAGGCUCCGCUUCAGGCGUUCCUGCCGUCACCGCUCCCUUCGUCAUCUUUACCUCGAGUGGACAUUACCGAUUAUCCUCCGAUAGCCAUCUACUCAACCAACACUGUCGUCGAACCUUCGGACGCUGCGCGGGACGCCUCCGACCGAUAUAUUAUACCUACCAUCGAUACCCCCGAGGAACAUUCGUCACAAGACCAGUCGUUUGCGCAAUCUCCCACCGCUGUAGCCGGAAUUGUGGACUCACCGUCCGAGCAAGAUAAAGACAUGAAGAGCAGAAAACCUGCAAUGACCGCUGUCGGUACCUUGUUUGGGCUCUUUACGUUCUCUCAAGUAUACCAGGACCUCUUGUUUGAUUACUUGACACCUCCGGGUGAAGAACGGGCAGAGGAAAGAGCAUGGGUGGCGUCCUCGCGAUCAUGGCUGGAUCGCAAGGCUUGUAGAUGGUUUGGGAUAUGUGGCCUGUCGCAUUUGAACAAGGACAACUGGACCACCCAGAACUUGGAUGGCUACGGAUAUCAACAGGUUGAUACCGGACAUGGCGCCCAUCCCGACCUGAAAGAUUUCUGGCACGAUGCGAGGACAAUACCCGAGGAUUAUAAGCCAAUGGAUGAGCGCGAGAUACCACAAUACGUUAUAGAUCAUGCGCCAUUGAUACAUCUCUACUCGGGUGAAGAAUACUGGCCCGGUGACAUGGGAGAGCAUUUGAUACACACAACACCACAUCUAAACUAUACGCCCAUGCAAGCGACGAGUAACCAUCCAAACAUUAGCAAUCUCGGCGAGCUUAACAAGUGGGGAAGAUUCGUAUACCUGCAGAGCGACGACAACGUUGAGGAUCGUCCGGCUUGGUUGGGUGCGGACUACAACAUUCCUACCGCACCAAACGACGACGAUGACGACGAUGAGUGGCAACAUGGAGACGGGCCGAAUGGUCGCAUCAAACAAGACAAAAACGCUAAAAAGUAUAGCUGGUGGCACGUAGGUUUGGGUGACACCAAGGACCGCGGUGGAAUUCGACCGGAUCCCACAUCAUCUGGUCUUCCCAUUCCAACCAAGACGCCCGAAGGUGAAGAGCUUGUUGAUGACGACAGCGAAUGGCGAUCCGAACUACGCUUCAGCCGAAGGAAAUAUACUGGGAAGAAAGUUGUAGGCGGACGAAGCGACGCGCCUGUACCAUUGGUCGUCGUGGAUAAGGGUGACGGGGUAGUGGACGCGUUCUGGUUCUUCUUCUACAGCUACAACCUUGGCAACGCAGUCUUCAAUGUGCGUUUUGGCAAUCAUGUUGGAGACUGGGAACACACUGUUGUUAGAUUCCAGCAUGGCAAGCCUAAAGCGGUGUUUUUCAGUGAACACAGCUUCGGUGAAGCAUACGCUUGGGACGCUGUAGAGAAGAGUGGGCAGAGGCCUAUCGGUUUCUCUGCUACCGGAACCCACGCCAUGUACGCCACUGCAGGCUUACAUCCAUACGUAUUGCCUGGUGGCAUCCUGCAUGAUGUCACAGACCGUGGUCCUCUCUGGGACCCGGUCAUGAACAUGUACUCGUACAAAUACGAUUACCAACACGACAAGUUGGUUCCUUCCAAUCUAAACCCUGUCGCACCCGUGUCAUGGUUCUACUUUGCCGGCCACUGGGGCGACAAGUUCUACCCACUCAGCGACCCCCGACAAUAUCGUUUCCUGGGCCAGUAUCAUUACGUCAAUGGGCCGCUCGGUCCUCGUUUCAAGAAUUUGGGACGACAAGAAAUUUGCCAAGGCAAUGGCGAGUGUGUGCUCAAGGGACGGCCUGAAGAGAGGUCCAGCAUUAUGAAGAGAUGGGUGAACGUUGGCGAGGGCGAGGAGAUGAGCGAGGAAGAUGCCAAACGGGUGUUUGGUGCAGAAUACGAUUCCGCGUCUUGA